AUGGAAGAUCAGUUGGAGCUGGUGACCUUCGAGGACGUGGCUGUGGCCUUCACGGAGGAGGAGCUGGGGCUGCUGGAUACCUCCCAGAGGCAGCUGUACCGGGAUGUGAUGCUGGAGAACUUCUGGAACCUGCUCUCUGUGGUUGUCUUUAACCCCACAGGAGACAGGAAUGCAAAGGAUUUGGAGAAUAUUCAAGAAAAGGAAUUAACAUCCCUUCCAUACAGAGAGCUCCUCUGCUGGAAAAUCUGGGAGCAGGCGGCUGAUGAAUUAACUGGGAGUCAAGACCGUAGAGUGAACCUUCAAGGGAGAGGUUUCCGGUUCUCGGAAGAUGCUUCUCUCUGUCAAGGCUGGGAAGGACCCCCUACCCGAGAUUCCCAGAUUGAAAAUAUGGUGGGUGGUCUUAAAGGGGAGGGGCCCAUCAAUUUAGAAAAUGAAGAGUUUCCAUCCUGGAAAGCAGUAAGACUGGUCUCCUUUCAAGAAUCUUGGAUGAAAGCCUUUGCGAGUGAGCUAUGGAAUGUUCACGAAAGAUGUAAAAAACUCAACAUGGAAGAUGCCAAAUGUAAACGUGAUGGGGAUGGUUAUGGCUUCAGCUGGAUAUCACGUUGUCAUGGUGACCACAGAGUACCUGCAAGAGAGAAACCGUGUAAUUGCGAUAAAUGCCGAACCGACUGCGUGAAAAAGUCAAUACUUCCUCACCCUCACCUUGGAGAGAAUGGCUUUAAAAGAAAUGAAUGUGGAAGUGGCUUCAGGGACGAGUCAGACCUUCCCACUCACCCCAGAGUGCCCUUGAAAGAGAAACUCUCUAAGUAUCGUGAGUUUGCUCAGGGUUUCUGGCAGACUGCCCAUCUCGAGAGACAUCAAAGAACUCCUCCAGGAGAGAAAUCCUUUCAGAGUCACGAGUGUGUUCGGGGAUUGAGGCAGAACACACAUGGUCACAGCCGUCCCCGGCCCCACACGGGGGAGAUGCCCUAGAGAUGCGACGUGUGUGGGAGGGCCUUCAGGUAUAGAUCCGUUCUUCUCAUUCAUCAGGGAGUGCACACGGGAACGAAACCCUACAAAUGUGAGGAGUGUGGGAAGGCUUUUGGUCGAAGCUCCAACCUCCCCAUCCAUCAGAGGGUCCACACCGGAGAGAAGCCGUACCAAUGCAGCGAGUGUGGGAAAGGCUUCAGCUACAGCUCGGUGCUGCAGGUGCACCAGCGGCUGCACAUGGGGGAGAAGCCCUACACGUGCGGCGAGUGCGGCAAAGGUUUCUACGCCAAGUCUGCGCUCCACAAGCAUCGGCAUGUCCCCCUGGGGGAGAGGCCCUACAGCUGCGUCAAGUGCGGGAAGGGCUUCACUUGCAGCUCCCACCUCAGCAGCCGUCAGAAGACGCACGCCGGGGAGAAACCCUACCCGUGUGACAAGUGCAACAAAGGUUUCAGUCACAGCUCGUACCUGCAGGCUCACCGGAGAGUCCACACAGGGCAGCAUCUCUACGAAUGUGCCGCAUGCGGUAAGAGUUUCAGUUACAGCUCAGGGCUGCUCGCGCAUCAGAGGCUGCACACGGGAGAGAAACCCUACAAACGCGAGUGCAGGAAGGGCUUCAGCCGGAGCUCCGACCUCCACAUCCACCAGAGGGUCCACACGGGAGAGAAACCCUAUAAAUGCGUCGAGUGUGGGAAGGGCUUCUGGCGGAACUCAGACCUUCACAGUCACCAGAGGGUCCACACGGGAGAGAGGCCCUGCAUCUGCAACGUGUGCGGGAAGGGCUUUAUUUACAGCUCUGACCUCCUCAUCCAUCAGAGAGUCCACACCGGAGAGAAACCCUAUAAAUGUGCCAAGUUUGGCAAAGGCUUCAGCUACAGUUCCGGGCUUCUCAUCCAUCAGAGGGUGCACACAGGCGAGAAACCCUACAGAUGCAAAGAGUGUGGGAAGGGUUUCAGGUGCACCUCAAGUCUUCACAAGCAUCAGCGAGUCCACACGGGCAAGAAGCCCUACGCGUGUGAGCAGUGCGGCAAGGGGUUCAGCUAUGGCUCCAAUCUGCGCACCCACCAGAGACUGCACACAGGGGAGAAACCCUACAUGUGUUAUGAGUGUGGAAAGGGCUUCUGAUACGGCUCGGGGCUCCUGAUUCAUAAGAGAGUGCACACUGGAGAGAAGCCAUACAGGUGUGACGUGUGUGGGAAGGGCUACAGUCAGAACUCCCACCUUCAAGGUCAUCAGAGGGUCCACACUGGCGAGAAGCCCUACCAGUGUUCGGAGUGUGGGAAGGGCUUUGGUCGAAGCUCCUGUCUUCAGGUCCAUCAGAGGGUGCACACUGGCGAGAAGCCCUACCAGUGUUCGGAGUGUGGGAAAGGCUUCAGUUAUAGCUCAGGGCUGCGGAAUCAUCAGAGGGCACAUUUAAGCAAGAAACCUUGUAAAUAAGUAGGUGCGAGCUGAGGUCUCCCGUUAGAACGCAGAGCUUUGUAGUCGUCUGAGAGCUAACACGGGAGAAAAACGUUAAGAACGUCUCGUGCAGCCAGGGCUGCAGGCGAGGCCAACGUUCUCCUAGUCUGCGCGCGACGGAAGGGAACAUCUGGAAGUUUCAUAAAUAGGGAACGCACUUAGUCACAAACUUCGGGCCUCGAGAGUCUGUAGCACUGCAGAAUAGUCCUUAAAGAUACGACGUGCGGGUGGCUUCAGUAAAAAUCAUCGCGCUCGUCCGAGCUGGCCUAGAAUGGAGCUUUACAAAUAAUACGAGUGGUGAGAAUGUUUCGCAGGAGCAGGUUAUGGACACGGAUUCCUUGUCGGGGAGAAAUACCUACAAAUGGGACAACCAUAGGAAAAUAGUGUCACCUGACUAAAGCCAAUAUUGUAGGAAUCUUUGAGAAGGUAGUUUUUAUAAAAACUAAAAGAUGAUAAUGUUCGUGGAGGCCAGUCACUUUUAGAAGGUCAGGAGCAGUUACAAGGAAAGGCUUUCUCAGGGCGGGUCUGGGUAACGGGUCGCCAUCAUGUUUUCAUCAUGUUUUUGUGGUUGUGCUUUCUCUCAUAGAGGUAAACUGCUCUCAGAGAGAAGUUGUGCUAAAUUAUAAGAAUCUCUCAUUUUCUCAGGUUUUAAAAACAAAAUCUGAUUGGGGUUUAAUUGACCUUGCA